UCCCAAUAAAAUUGCGCGAAACGAGGCCAAAGGUUACAAAUGGCGGGAAAUAAUGACAUGGAACAAGUAACAAAAAGCAUUGAUCCUCCGAAUACUACGCCUCCUAAUGCUUUUUUUAGCGAAGAAGAUCGUGUUCAAAUGCUCAGCGGUGUAUGUCCACGGAAAAUAACAAAAGAUUCUUUAAAGCAAUGGUUGAGUUAUCGAAAAGGCACGUCAAGAAAUGGAAGCGCUUCCUCCAACGACAACAAACCCGAGUUGUUURGAAGGGUUAUAAGCUAUAUUAAAAACAAAUGGGAGAAUGAUUUUGUCGAGAAAUGGAAACAUUUGUUGCAAACAUCGUCCGAGCCAGUUGUGCAAACACAGCCAAGCACAUCAAAAAGCAGUGUAGACGUAUUUCCUGGAGCAGCUGAUUGGUCAACACUUGUUCGAGCAAGGAAUGACUGUCCUCCGUUCACCAUCCAAAAUAUUCUUGAAUAUUUUAUUUACAGAAAGUCAAAGGAUAAAGAAUCAAAUGAUGAUUACAAGAAUGUUUGUUCAAAGGCGUAUGGCCUUUUCAAACAUGGACACAUUCAAAAGAUUGAACUUGCGACUGAUGAAACCUACGUUCACAUUCGUGCUGAUUGCUUGCCAGAAAUGAAAAAAAGUUUGAAGUAUAAAUUGAAUAUGUCAAUGGAUAAAAAGGGAGAUAUUGUGUAUGCAAACUGUUCUCCAUGCCCUGCAGGGAAGGGGCCAUUUGCAUCCUGUAAACAUAUAGCUGGACUUUGCUAUGCUUUAGAAGAAUUUAGUCGACUGAACUCUCUGAGAGAAUUUGAAACCUGUACAGAUCGGUUACAAACAUGGAAUCAGCCAAGAAAAAGGAAGUUAGAUCCUGAAAAUGUGUAUGACAUAGACUUUUCAAGAAAGAUUUAUGGUAGACCUGCAAAGGAAGCAAAAACUGAGUUGCAUGAUCCCAGACUCCCUUGCUACAGACAAGAAAAUCCAAAGGAGGCAAACAAGUGUCUUCUUAGUUUAAUUAAUGAAAGAGUUAAUCCAAAUUGUGGGUUCUUUUUCUUAUUGUCAGAUGAACCAUUGAAAAAGGAUUGCAGUGUAGUUUACACUAUGCCCCUUUCUGAGAAACAACCACUGUCAAAACAAGAUAUUCUAGAUAGAGCAUCAGCAAUAAAAAAAAGGUUAUUUGUAGAUGACAAGACAAGACAAGAAAUUAAAGAAGCUACAAAAAAUCAAAGUGAGAGUGAUGAUUGGUUUUACCACAGGAAAGUGAGAAUCACUGCUUCUAAGUGCAAAAGAGCAUUAUUAAGGCCAACAACAAGCCCAARCAAAGCAAUAAGUGAGAUACUAGGAAUAAAUAGCAGCUUUCAGAGUUCAAAAAUGGCCCAAGGACUUAAAGAUGAAAAGAAAAUUUUAAAAAUAUACCAGGAUCUUAUCGGAUGUGGCCCUGUAGAUAAGGCAGGUUUCAGCAUCUCCAAGACUCAUGCAUUCCUUGGUGCAUCCCCUGAUGGUGAAAUUGAUGGUGGUCUUGUGGAGGUAAAGAGGAUCUUCCCAAAAGAAGGUGAAUCCUUAAAGAAAGCAGCACUAUCAAGGCAUANUAUACACAGGAAUGAUAGGUUUUUAAGUAACAUUAUACCCAAGUUAGAGCAGUUCUAUGACUCACAUAUCCUCCUAGAGCUUGCUUAUCCUAGACUUAAACAUGGACUCAGCAGAGUCAGUAAGUACAUAUGUUUAGAACGUCAGCUUUAA